CAGACACAGGCGAGGGAAGGAAGAAAGCGCCGCGGGCUCUGGUCUCCUGCGCUCCUGCUGGGCGCCAGCGGCUGGACCUUGGCAGCGGUCUCAGGCUUCAGGGAGCCCAAGGCCACCGGCAGCGCUUGUUAGAAUGCAGAUUCCCGGGGUUCGACUGGAAUGAGACCCCGGGGAGCAGCGUUUGUAGCGGGCCCGCCAGGUGACCUGCACCUGGGCACUGCCAUCGGCUUCGCAGGGGCUGUCUGGAGGAGUCGGUCGCCCGCCAUGUCGACCUUGCUGGACAUUAAGAGCAGCGUGCUCAGGCAGGUGCAGGUGUGCCCGUCCUUCCGCCGCAGGACUGAGCAGGACCCAGGGAGUGCCAGCGCCGACCCGCAGGAGCCUGCCACGGGGGCCUGGAAACCCGGGGAUGGCGUGGAGUUCUUUGCCCACAUGCGCCUCAUGCUGAAGAAGGGGGAAGGCAGGCAGGGCUUGCCGUGCUUCGAGGUCCCCCUGCGCAGUGGCUCACCAGCACCCCCGGAGCCUGUGGAUCCCAGCCGCGGCCUGAGAGCCCUGGCCCCAGAGGAGGUGGAGAUGCUCUACGAGGAGGCCCUGUACACGGUGCUUUACCGCGCGGGGACCAUGGGCCCUGACCAGGUGGACGACGAGGAGGCCCUGCUCAGCUAUCUCCAGCAGGUGUUUGGCAUGAGCCCUGAAGAGCACAUCGAGGCCAUCGAGCGAGUGAGGAAGGCCAAGGCUCCCACGUACGCCCUGAAAGUCUCUGUCGUGCGUGCCAAGAACCUUCUGGCCAAGGACCCCAACGGCUUCAGCGACCCGUACUGCAUGCUGGGCAUCCUGCCUGCCUCGGACGCCGCGCGGGAGCCCCGUGCACAGAAGGAGCAGCGCUUCGGCUUCCGCAAGGGCAGCAAGCGCGGCGGACCCCUGCCCGCCAAGUGCAUCCAGGUCACCGAGGUGAAGAGCAGCACCCUGAACCCCGUCUGGAAGGAGCACUUCCUCUUUGAGAUUGAGGACGUGAGCAUGGACCAGCUGCACCUGGACAUCUGGGAUCAUGACAACGAUGUGUCCCUGGUAGAAGCGUGCAGGAAGCUGAAUGAAGUCAUCGGCCUGAAGGGCAUGGGCAGGUACUUCAAACAGAUCGUCAAGUCAGCCCGCGCAAACGGGACAGCAGGACCCACUGAGGACCACACCGAUGACUUCCUGGGGUGCCUCAACAUACCUGUCCGGGAGGUGCCUGUGGCUGGCGUCGACCGCUGGUUCAAGCUGGAGCCACGCUCCAGUGCCUCGCGUGUGCAGGGAGACUGCCACCUCGUUCUCAAGCUGAUCACUACGCAGAGGGACACAGCCAUGAGCCAGCGCGGGCGAUCCGGCUUCCUGUCCCACCUGCUGCUGCUCAGCCAUCUGCUGCGGUUCGAGCACCCAGCAGAGGAGCCCAAGUCCAGCAGCUGGCGAGGAGAGCUCAGCACACCAGCCGCCACCAUCCUUUGCCUGCACGGAGCCCAGAGCAACCUGUCACUCUUGCAGCUGGCCGUGCUGCACUGGCAGGUCAGCAGCCGCCACCAUCAAACCCGCACGCUGGACUACAGCUACCUGCUGGGGCUGCUGGAGGACAUGCAGGCACACUGGGAGGAGGCGCCCUCACUGCCCCAGGAGCAGGAGGAGAGCCUGGCUGAUAGCCUUUCCGCCUUUUCUGAGUUCGGGCUGCAGCUGCUGCGCCAGCUCCGAGACUACUUCCCUGCCACCAACAGCACUGCUGUCUACCGCCUGGAGCUGCUGCUGAAGUGUCUGGGCAAGCUGCAGCUCUUCCAGCCCUCCUUUGAGAUCUGCCCCUUCGAGACAGAGCUGAACAUGGACAUUGCUGCGGCCCUGAAGAGAGGCAACCGUGAGUGGUACGACAGGAUCCUGAAUGCCAAGAGUCCCCGAGAGCAGCCAGGACCACAGCGCCUGCCUGGGCUGGUUGUGCUGGCCGACGCCAUCUAUGACGAUCUCCAGUCCUGCUACAGUGUCUACGCCAGCCUCUUCCACAGCAUCCUCAGUGUGGACAUCUUCACCCUGACCUUCCGGCAGCUGGAGCGUCUGGUGGCUGAGGAGGCGUGGGUGCUGACAGAGGAGCUGAGCCCCAAGAUGACCCUGGAGGUGGCCUCGGGGCUCUUUGAGCUCUACCUGACCCUGGCUGACCUCCAGCGCUUCUGGGAUAGCAUCCCUGGCCGGGACAGCCGCUCUCUGGCCCUGGCUGGCAUCCACGCCCCAUUCCUGCCUGCUGUGAAGCUCUGGCUCCAAGUGCUGCGGGACCAGGCCAAGUGGAGACUUCAGGGAGCCGUGGACAUGGAUACGCUGGAGCCCGUGGACACCUCCUCCAGGCAUAGCAGCUCUGCAGCCACUGCUAGUCUCUGCCUCAGCCACAUCCAGGAGCUGUGGGUGCGCCUGGCAUGGCCUGACCCUGCCCAGGCUCAGGGGCUGGGCACCCAGCUCGGCCAGGACAUGUGUGAGGCCACCCUCUUCUACACGGAGUUGCUUCGGAAGAAGGUGGACACUCAGCCAGGGGCGGCUGGUGAAGCAGUGAGCGAGGCGCUCUGCGUGGUCCUCAACAACGUGGAGCUCGUGCGCAAGGCUGCUGGACAGGCCUUGAAGGGCCUGGCAUGGCCAGAGGGGGCCACGGGGCCCGAGGGGGUGCUCCCCCGCCCCCUGCUCAGCUGCACACAGGCCCUGGACGAUGAUCUGCAACGGGAGGCCCACACGGUGACAGCGCACCUGACCUCUAAGAUGGUGGGCGACAUCCGGAAGUAUGUACAGCACAUCAGCCUCUCGCCUGACUCCAUCCAGAACGAUGAGGCCGUGGCCCCGCUCAUGAAGUACCUGGAUGAGAAGCUGGCCCUGCUGAACGCCUCGCUGGUGAAGGGGAACCUGAGCAGGGUGCUGGAGGCCCUGUGGGAGCUGCUCCUCCAGGCCAUUCUGCAGGCGCUGGGUGCGAACCAUGACGUCUCCGCUGAUUUCUACAGCCGCUUCCACUUCACACUGGAGGCCCUGGUCAGUUUUUUCCACGCGGAGGGUCAGGGUUUGCCCCUGGAGAGCCUGAGGGACGGAAGCUACAAGAGGCUGAAGGAGGAGCUGCGGCUGCACAAAUGUUCCACUCGUGAGUGCAUCGAGCAGUUCUACCUGGACAAGCUCAAACAGAGGACCCUGGGGCAGAACCGGUUUGGACGCCUGAGCGUCCGCUGCCAUUAUGAGGCGGCUGAGCAGCGGCUGGCCGUGGAGGUGCUGCACGCCGCCGACCUGCUCCCCCUGGACGCCAACGGUCUAAGUGACCCCUUUGUGAUCGUGGAGCUGGGCCCACCGCAUCUCUUCCCACUGGUCCGCAGCCAGAGGACCCAGGUGAAGACCCGGACACUGCACCCUGUAUACGACGAGCUCUUCUACUUUUCUGUGCCUGCCGAGGCGUGCCGCCGCCGUGGGGCGUGUGUGCUAUUCACCGUCAUGGACCACGACUGGCUAUCCACCAAUGACUUCGCCGGGGAGGCGGCCCUCGGCCUAGGUGGCGUCAGUGGUGUUGCCCGGCCCCAGGUUGGCGGGGGUGCAAGGGCUGGGCAGCCUGUCACCCUGCACCUGUGCCGGCCCAGAGCCCAGGUGAGGUCUGCGCUGAGGAUGCUGGAAGGCCGCACCAGCAAGGAGGCGCAGGAGUUCGUGAAGAAACUCAAGGAGCUGGAGAAGUGCAUGGAGGCGGACCCCUGAGUCCGUCAGCUGCCAGCCCCAGCCCUGGCCCCCGCCCCGAGCUCCCUGAAGCAUCCUCCAGCUUGCUGUGGCAGCUUUGUGCAACCAGGGCCCACGGCGCCCCUCCUGUGCCGUGACGUGUGUGUUGUGGUUGGCCCCGUGGCUCCCAUCACCCUGGCCGUGUCUGUCUGCUGUGUGCUGUGAACCCCUGCACCCAACCCCACAUCUGGGUGGCCAACUUGGCAGGACCAGGCCAGCAGCUGCCCAGGACGCAGUUCAGGCCAGAGUGGGCUUGACCGCCAGGUGGGCUUCCCUGCCUGCUUCCUUGGGCUCCCGGCCCUGGGUGGACGGUGGGCAGCUGGUCUCCAGGGACUCAGUGAGUGGCUGUGCUCUCUGUACAAUAGGCAAUGUGCAGAAGCAUUUUUGGUAAAUCCAAGCUGGGGAGGGAAAAGGGUGCCACUGGUACCAUUGGGUGGAGCGUCCAGAGCCUCCACUCACAGAGGGGAUGUGGAGGGCAGGUGAGGCAAGAACCGCAUAGGUCUCCAGUCCCCACGGGGCUCCCAGGCCAGGGAAAUGUUCCCGAGGUCACUCUGAGGCCAGGGACGUCACCCAAGGCUGGUGGUCAGUGUGAAGGGCUCCGUGCCAACUGGCCAGCUGUCCUUCACACACAUAUCCGUGGCCACCCGAGAGCUGCUCCACGGCCCUUCCAGGCAGAGCCAAGAGUUUGCCCCAACCCUUCCCCAGGCCCAGUGUGAAAAACAGAGACUCACACGGGGCGUCUUGGCCUGCAGCUUCAUUUGCGAGAGCACCAAGGCAGGACGCAGAGCACAGCUAUGCUGGAAGUACGGGGAGAACCCCGACAGCUCCGUCCUGCCAGCAGCCGCAAAGAGCCGAGGCUGCCAGGCCCACCUGUGUCCUUCAUGUCUCCAGAUUUUCUCGUCACCCAGCCUCAAAAAUACAUAUGUCUGCAACCCUCA